ACUGAUGCUUCCUUGACUUUUGUGUUCAAUACAAAAAUAGUAACUAAACAGUUCUGAUAAACAAUCUAAAUGUUAUAUUUUACUAGUGUGAGUUGAGCGAGCAGUGUGAACGAAAUGUUUUAUUUAUAAUGAUCUACAUUUUAAUUAUGCUAGCCACUUACUGUGCAACGUAGCGCGUCAUUGAGCAGUGCGAUAUGUUGAACAUACAUAAAUUAUGGCUCUUUUCCUCACUGUGUGUUAUUGUUUUUGUAGUUCUUUACUUCCAGUCCGAAGUAGCCCGUUUGGAGGACAACUAUUAUCGCAAAUUUGAAUAUAAACUUUUACAAGCACGUACCGAAUCUCGUCAGUUUGAUCCAAAACAGCCAGAGAUAUAUGAUGAUGACUUAGUUGUAAUCUACAAUAGGGUACCUAAGACUGGAUCAACAAGUUUUGUUGGUGUUGCAUAUGAUCUUUGUAAGAGGAAUCAUUUCAAAGUGUUGCAUAUCAAUAUAACAGCAAACAUGCAUGUUAUGUCGCUAAGUAACCAGUAUAAAUUUGCUCAAAAUGUGACCAAAUGGAGAGAGGUGAAGCCUGCUUUAUAUCAUGGGCAUAUGGCAUUUCUUAACUUUGAUCGGCUGGGAACAUACUCUAAACCAAUAUUUAUUAAUCUUAUAAGGAAGCCAUUAGACAGGCUUGUUUCAUACUAUUACUUUCUACGGCAUGGUGACAACUUUAGACCACAUUUAGUGAGGAAAAAGCAUGGUGAUAAAAUGACAUUUGAUGAAUGUGUAGAAAAGGGCCAGCCGGACUGUGACCCGAGCAACAUGUGGCUCCAGGUGCCAUUCUUCUGUGGACACGCUGCUCAGUGCUGGAAACCAGGCAACAAAUGGGCAUUAGAACAAGCGAAGCACAAUCUUGUAAACCAUUACUUGUUAGUGGGUGUUACAGAAGAAAUGGCUGACUUCAUAUCAGUACUAGAAGCAGUACUGCCUAGGUUAUUCAAAGGAGCCUCAGAACAUUAUCUCAACAGUAACAAAUCGCAUUUGAGACAAACUAGCUCGAAACUCGAACCGACACAAGACACAGUUAAAAAAAUACAACAGUCUGACAUUUGGAAAAUGGAGAAUGAGUUGUACGAGUUUGCGUAUGAGCAUUUUAAAUUUGUAAAACGGAAAGUUCUCGCAAAGGAUGGCAUUGGCCAGACAUAUUUUUAUGAGAAGAUUCGGCCUAAAUGAAUCCAACGAAUACUUAUUGCAAACAAUUUGUACCUGCAAUAUUUUCUUGUACGCUUUCUAGACAAAUUUAUUAAAUAAUAAAAAAAAAAUAUAUGCUUAACUCUAUGCCAUUUUCGUGGAUUGCCAUCUUUUAGAAAGAAUUUAUAUAUAAAUAUAUAAAAAAGAACUAUUUGAUAUAAUUAUAUCAAUUAAUUCUUAAUAAUCGAAUACCGAUCUUUAUUUACGACAUAAGAAAAAUAUCAAAUUAACUCAAAUUGUAAUCUAUUAUGAGACAUAGAUAAUUUAAUUUGUGGUAUAAAAACGCCCUAAAGCAUUUUAUUUUCUCUGCUGUGCGGUGAUAGUAAUGUAAUGAACUGAUAAAUGAUGAAACCACAGUUUCGAUAAUGUAUUAGUAGAAAAUUUUAAAUUGUGGUAUAUUAAAGGAGAAAAAAGAUAUUAUGGCAAUUAUUUGUCAAAUUUUAAAAGAAAAUAAUAUUUGUUUAUAUUGAAUGUUAUUAAUACAGCGUACAUCCCAUAUACUAAGUGUAAUUGACCUUCCCUUCACCUUCAAAAUAUGGUAGAACUGUAUGUUUGACUAGAAUGAAGUCCGCGCAUAUUAAAGCCAUAAAAAGGAUA